AUGACAACAUCAUUGGCGCUGCAACCUUCAGGUGAAGCACACCAAAGGAACGGGUCGAAUUUCCUUUUGUCUCUCAAACUCGGGGGGUUGAAAGCCCAACUGCCUACAAUAGCAGGACACGACGCAAGCAGUGUGGAUGAACCCUGCAGGGGCAGAUUGCAUUAUUGCUCCUUAUUAGUGACGGAUCGCUGCAUGUCUAUCAUCGUCAUUGGUCAUUUGAUCGUCCUUUUGUCUGAGAGCGUUAGGUUGAAAAAAAUCAAAAAGCUGAAACUCGCUGGGUCUCUUGAUUUUCCCGUUUCCAUUCCUUACAGCAGUUACCAGACCAGCUUGGCGGCCUUUUUGAUCUGCCGUCAGAAGGAGACUAACGAAAGGAAAGAGUGCGGCCCGGUGGUUAGUCUUAGUGUCUUGGUUGACUUUGGGAGCGUUGAGAGAGAGAGAGAGACAAUUAAGCUAGAUUGA